AUGAAGUUUCCUCCGGCGCCCACAGCAGCAGUGGUUUGCACUCAGGCCCCUCCGGCGAAGACCAGCAGUGACCUGUUGUUGCACAUCGCUAGAGCCAGGCGCGGCAUUGCGGCUUUCGUGCUCUGCUGUCUGGCGGGCUUGCCGCCGCCAAGCAGUGCCGGCGCAGUCUCCACCAACUUCCCACUGAGAUUUGGCGAGAGAGAGGCACCUUCAGCAAUCUGUGGGGAGGCAGGGCAGGUGAUGGCGAUAGUAGCACCAGGGCGACGGCAUCCCCAUCAAACUGAAGCCAUCGAAGCAACAGACGUCGCAUGCGACGGAGCUUGUUUCGGUACCAGCUAUGAUCUGGACUCCUAUAGCACCCGGUAG